AUGUCUCCACCUAUUGCUUCUGGUAAAUCUGAAUCAGGUACUGCUCGUUUUCUUGGUAGUGGAAGUUCUGGUAUUUUGGAAUUACUUAUUUUCCAUCCUGUUGAUACUGUUGCCAAACGUCUUAUGAGUAAUCAAACCAAGGUAUUCUUACCUGGUAAUACUUUUGCUCAAAACAAGGCUGCUAUGGAUGUUGUUAUUUUCAAGGAUGCUGCUAACAAGGCCUUUUUACAAAAGUAUGCGUCGUUAUUCCCUGGUCUUGGAUUUGCAGCUGGAUACAAGGUAGCUCAACGUGUAUACAAAUUUGGUGGUCAACCUUUUGUUCGUGAUUAUUUGGAUAAGCAUCACAAGAACUUGUUCAUUUCCGGUUUUGGUGAAAAGACUGGUAAGACGAUGAUGCAUGCAACUGCAGGCAGUUUGGUAGGCAUUGGUGAAAUUGCUUUGUUACCUUUGGAUGUGUUAAAGAUUAAACGUCAAACGAAUCCUGAAGCAUUCCGUGGUCGUGGAUUUUUAGCUAUUGUACGUGAUGAAGGUAUGGGAUUGUAUCGUGGUGCUGGAUGGACUGCUGCUCGUAAUGCUCCUGGCUCCUUUGCUUUGUUUGGUGGUUCGGCUUUUGUCAAGGAAUACUUGUUUGGUUUGGAUAACUAUAAUACUGCUUCCUUCUUCCAAAACUUUUGUGCUUCUAUUGGUGGUGCCGUUGCUUCCAUCACUGUGGCUGCUCCUCUUGAUGUUGUCAAGACUCGUAUUCAAAACAGAAACUUUGAUAAUCCCGAAUCUGGUAUCAACAUUAUCAAGAACUUGAUCAAGCAAGAAGGUUUUGGUGGUUUCUUCAAAGGUUUGACUCCCAAGAUCUUGGUGGUUGGUCCCAAAUUGAUCUUCAGUUUCACCGUGGCUCAACAAUUAAUUCCUGUAUUUGAUCGUAUGAUUAAGGGCGAAUCCAAGGAAACUGUUACUGCUUAA